AUGAAGAUGUCAGUCCUCCUAUACUCUUCCCUCCCUCUGACACUAAUGCUGAUGUGGUGUGGUCAAAUUUCUACCGUUUUCUGUGACCAGUCGUUGGAAGAAGGCAUUAAAUACUUUGAUGUUCGGAUUCCCAUGCUAGAUGUUCCGGCAAAACGAACUCAUUAUGUCUGUCAGAAGUUUAAAGUGCCCGACACCGACACCUUCCAUGCAGUAGCGUUCGAGCCCCUCAUCUCUAAUCGUCACGUCAUGCAUCAUAUGCUUUUGUUUGGAUGUGACUUUGAUGUGGAAGACACAGCACCCCAUGAAUGUUCGGCCGCCGAUGGUCAGUGCUCGUCAUGGCUGGCCCAGUGGACAAUGGGAGUGGAAGGCAAGAUAUACACGCCAGAAAAUGCGGGCGUCCGGUUUGGUAAACACAGUUACAGAUAUAUGUCCUUACAGAUCCACUGGAACAACGAUCUGUCUGCUGCAAAUUUCACAGAUAACAGUGGGAUGCGGAUAUUCUACACGACUAAAUUACGUCAGUAUGACGUAGGAAAUGUUCAAAUCGGACAACAAUAUCUAGAAAUUCCGCCACACUCCAUUCACAACGAGUCUGGAGGCUGUAGUGGUACAUGUACUACAAGCAUGCUUCCUCAUCCAGUUUAUUUGACAAGAACCUAUAUUCACAUGCAUUAUCUCGGCAUUCGUGGUCUUUUGGAAAUAUAUCGGGAUGGCAAAGUCUCAAAGAGGGUGGCUUAUGAUGAGGAGUACGACUACAGAAACUCACCGAUCCAUGUCCAUGAUCCGCCAAUCGAAGUCAAACCAGGUGACGAGAUUCGCCUUACCUGCACGUUUGACUCGCUCACGGGAGCCAGACAGAGAAAUCACUCUCUGUACUUCGGAGAAGGAUCCGAUGCGGAGAUGUGCUAUGCCUUUGUGACAUACUUCCCAAACGUUCAGUACUUUGACCAAUGCCUGCAGAUCGACCAAUAUGAUAUCAAUUGCAUAGAUCCAGAACGGCCUUUCAUGGGAGGUUGUAAUCUUGGAAAAUUCCAACAAGACUUGCAGUCACAUAUUUUGGAAGACAUCCAAACCAACUGUACAUCGACCCUGUCACCAUGUAUACCAGAAUGUAGAACAUCAGUCACUCAACUUCUGGACCAGCCAUGCCUUCAGGGUCGUCUUGGCUCCUACACCAACAGAACAAUCUUGUCACAAAUGGCAGCAUGGAAUGACACUACACAUAUUUUGAACCAUUUCAUCAAAACCUGUGAUUGA